AUGCAAAGUGAUAUGUCUAGUGAGGGAUUUGCAAAAUAUUUUGGUGAAUAUCGUGGGCCUCGUCGUUUAAGAUGCAACGCAGUUCCUCCUCCACCAGGUUGGAUUAAGCUAAACGUUUAUGGGAUUGGUAAAGAAGGUGACCAGUCAGGACGAUAUAGUGGCAUCUUCCAAGAUGAUACUGGAAUGUGUUUAGGCAGGUAUAGUGGUACCAUUGAUGUUGAAGACAAUGUGAUUGCUGGACUGGAGGCCUUGAGGAAUGGGUUAGUCAGAUGCGUGGAAGGAAAGUUGAAUGCACAGAAGUUGAUUGUGGAGUCGGAUAAUGUUAUACUUGUCCAAUAUGUUAAUGGUCACCCUGAGCCAAAUGAAAUAACCAUGUACAGGUUGAAAGAAAUUUUCGACCUGCUGGAACGUAUAACUUGUGCCAUUUACCAUGUGUAUGAAGAAGCCAAUGAAGCUGCUAGAGACUUGGCUCUGAGAGAUGAACCUCACAAUCGAUCAUAG